AUGGCAGACCACCACCACCACCACCAGCAGCAGCAGCAGCAGCAGCAGCCCCCGUCGUCCGCCUGCACCAACUGCGGCACCGAGCGCGCCGUCGUCUACUGCUCCGCCGACGGCGCGCGGCUCUGCCUCGAGUGCGACGGCGCCGUGCACGGCGUCAACGAUGUCACGUCCCUCCACCCGCGCGCCCCGAUCUGCGACGCCUGCGGCGUCGCCCGCGCCGCGGUCCGCUGCCAGAUGGCCGGCAACCGGUCCACGCUCUGCGGCGACUGCGCCGACCGCCUGGCCCCGCCGGGCGGCGGCUCCAUCGUGGAGGAGUACACCGGGUGCCCCUCGCCCGCCGAGAUCCUCCGCAUCCUCUCCGUCGAGGCCCCCUCGUCGCAGGAGGACUUCGACGCCUGGCUCGCUGAAAAGCUGCCCCAAAUCAUGCAGGAGGUUCAGAUAUGCGAUGCGAGUGGAACAACAACAACAAUAGUAGGAGAUCAAAGAGGCACCAGCAACAGCAGCUUCAGCUGUGAUGAUUGGAGCAAUGCCUGCUCAACUUCUGGGCUUGAGAAUACUAAUGGAGUAUUUGUUGGUCAUCACUCAGCUGGGCCUUCACUCCCUUUUGAGGAACAGCAGCAGCUGCCACCAUCGAUCUGCCAAUUCCUCUCAUCGUCAUACUCAUGUUAUAAUCCAUCCUCCUCGUCAUGCCAGCCGGUCAUGACAUCGACCACUCUUCUCCAAUCCAUGGGAGGCAACGAUCACCAUCCGUCUUAUCUCCUCGAUGGCUUCCCUACUUUCUGCCCUUCCAUGCCCCUAAUGCAUGCAUGGCAGCUUGACGCAGGACUAGACGCGCUGGUCCGUAACACCGGGCUGGGAUGUGGAUGCGCGGAAGGACGUGAUGCAGGACUGCACGCUGGCGACACGCGCGGCCGGGCGGGGGACGAGACACUGGCCAGGGCACCUGCGGGCAGCAACGGCGAGACCAUGGCUGCAUGCUGUCCUCGGUCUUAG